UGGCUGACGUUGCAUUUCCUGCUACAUUUUUUUUCUUCCAGGACAUACACGGGUCGGAUUUCUAUUUCCAACACGGAAAGUCGUGAGGGCGAUUACAGUACAUGGCUAAGGGACAACUAUUUUCAUUUCCCCCCCGUAUAAACAGGAAUUACAAAGUUUAACAUUUCCAGAAAGUCGUUUCUAUUAUAUGGAAACGCUUUUCGACGACAGUAUCGUUAUAAAGAAUAACAUGCCUUGCCACAACCAGCAGACAAAUAAUGUCAACCAAGACCACGCUAUCAUGAAGCAGGUUCGGUUUGCGAAUAGCAACGCCAGUAUCUCAGCAGUUUCGAACAGCGGAGUUGAAGAAGUGAAGGAAUCAAGUGAAAACGGGCUCAACACUGAAGUCCAAGUUCAACUCGGGCCGCAACUGAAACUGUUACCCCUGAAUGACCAAAUACGAGAAUUGCAGACUAUCAUAAGAGACAUAAAAACCAGCAGGGGUGAUUUUGUAUUUUGUGCAGACCGACUGAUCAGACUCGUGGUUGAACAGGGACUCAAUCAGCUGCCCUAUUCUGAGUGCACUGUAACCACUCCCACAGGGCACAAGUAUGAUGGUGUCAAGUUUGAGAAGGGUAACUGUGGGGUCAGCAUUAUGAGAAGUGGCGAGGCCAUGGAGCAGGGCCUGAGGGACUGCUGCAGAUCAAUCCGCAUUGGAAAGAUCCUCAUUCAGAGCGACGAGGACACCCAGAAGGCCAAAGUCUUUUAUGCCAAGUUCCCUCCUGAUAUAUACAGGAGGAAGGUCUUGCUCAUGUACCCCAUUCUGAGCACAGGCAACACAGUGAUAGAGGCUGUCCGUGUGCUUAUCGAACAUGGCCUCCAGCCCAAACACAUCAUCCUCCUCAGCCUCUUCUCCACCCCACACGGUGCAAAGUCAAUCAUCCAGGAAUUCCCUGACAUCACCAUUUUGACGACCGAGGUGCACCCUGUUGCCCCAACACACUUUGGACAGAAGUAUUUUGGGACCGACUAGCCUGAUCCCACAAACUAGCCUGAUCCCACAAACGAUGCCAUACCAUGACGAACCGUGAACAGUGUGAUUUGUCUUUCCGCUUCUUGUGAAGAGCAGCUUUUGAGGACCCCUGCUGUAGAUUCCUGCUCCAUUUUCUGCACACGUCUUACCUAAACUCCCAUAUGAGGCAUUUCUCCCCAAAACAAAAAAAACAAAAAGCACAUUCCCUACGGGUGUAUUAGGAAGUGGUGUGCUUGCUUACAUUGCAGACUUGUAUUGCAAGUCUUCAAUACAAAAAAAGAAGCAAUACUUACUCUUAUUUAUUUGUUUAAUGUAGUCUGUUUGUAGUGGUUUGCAUUUAAAUUUGAGAAAAAUAAAAUAUUUUUCACUCUG